CUUCAUCUACACAGCUGAUGGCAAAGCACAUGAAACACUCAUUUUGCAAUUGCAUUUCUCUUUGUUGUGGCCCCGGUGAUCAUAACCGAGAAUUUACAGUUUCCAGCAGCAGAGACAUGGAGUUGACAGAACCAGGGUACCGAUUUCCUCCACAGACUCAAGACAGACAGCCAGGCCUAGAAUAUGUGAUGCACCCACUUCCAGAAUCCAUAAACCCUCAUUACAAGCCCUCCAACAAACUACAUGGAAAGGUAGCUCUGAUCACAGGAGGUGAUUCCGGCAUAGGAAGAGCUGUAGCUUACUAUUUCACAUUGGAGGGUGCAACCGUGGCUUUCACAUACGUCAAACCCCGAGAGGAUAAGGACAAGGAUCAUACCCUCAAGAUAUUACACGAAAUAAAGACAGAAGGAUCAAAAGACCCUAUUGCUAUACCCACUGAUGUCGGAUUUGAAGAAAAUUGCAAGAAAGUGGUUGAUCAAGUGAUGAGUGAAUAUGGACAGAUUGAUAUUCUCGUCAAUUGUACAGCUGUACAAUUCUAUUCGCACUCCAUUCAAGACAUAACUGAGGCUAGGCUUGAACGGGUGUUUAGAACUAACAUAUUUUCUUAUUUCUUCAUGGCCAAGGAAGCUUUAAAGUACAUGAAAGAAGGCAGCUGUAUUAUAAACACUACAUCUCUUGUAGCCUAUAGAGGAUAUGCAGAGUUGCUGGAUUAUAGUUCCACAAAAGGAGCCAUUGUAUCUUUUACAAGAAGUCUGGCUUUGCAUCUUAUAGAAAGAGGCAUACGUGUGAAUGGAGUAGCACCAGGUCCUGUGUGGACACCAUUGCAACCGGCGUCUUUGCCUGCUGAGGUAGUCGCAAGCUUAGGAAGUGAAGUCCCAAUGGACAGAGCAGGACAGCCUUUUGAGAUUGCACCUUCUUUUGUGUUCUUGGCUGCCAAUGAAUGUUCCUCCUACAUCACUGGCCAAGUUGUGCAUCCUAAUGGUGGUGCCAUCAUCAAUACUUAAUUAUGCUUAGUUUUCUUUGCGAAGAUGUGAGAAGGGCUUGACUGGGCUUGAUAAAUAAAGAACAAAUUUCUUGCUUACACUCCCUGGGCAGUUCCAUACACCAAAUCAAUCCAAAAAAGAUAUAUAUUUUUUUAAAUGUUAUUGCUUUAUUUUUUUUUCUCGGUUGUUUCAAAUAAAGAAUAUAUAAUAUUGACGCCUAUGUCUGAUGAAUUGGUUUUCUUA